GGAGGCGGGUUCCGGCGGGGCCUGCGCUCAGGGGCCCCGGGCUGCGGCGGGCGCCGAGGCCGGUGAUGCCCGAGUGAGCGGAGCGGGUGCGGAGGGACACCCGGCCCGGCGGCGGCGGCGGCGGCGGCGGCGGGGAGGACCCGGGCCUCCUGAAUGCCCCCGGCCCCGGCCGCUCCGGCGCGAUGGGGAAGGUGCUGUCCAAGAUCUUCGGGAACAAGGAGAUGCGGAUCCUGAUGCUGGGGCUGGACGCGGCCGGCAAGACCACCAUCCUCUACAAGCUGAAGCUGGGCCAGUCGGUCACCACCAUCCCCACCGUGGGCUUCAACGUGGAGACGGUGACUUACAAAAACGUCAAGUUCAACGUGUGGGACGUGGGCGGCCAGGACAAGAUCCGCCCGCUGUGGCGGCACUACUACACCGGCACCCAGGGGCUCAUCUUCGUGGUGGACUGCGCCGACCGCGACCGCAUCGACGAGGCCCGCCAGGAGCUCCACCGCAUCAUCAACGACCGGGAGAUGCGGGACGCCAUCAUCCUCAUCUUCGCCAACAAGCAGGACCUGCCCGACGCCAUGAAGCCCCACGAGAUCCAGGAGAAACUGGGCCUCACCCGGAUCCGGGACAGGAACUGGUACGUGCAGCCCUCCUGCGCCACCUCAGGGGACGGACUCUACGAGGGGCUCACGUGGUUGACCUCUAACUACAAAUCCUAAGGGGCUUCCCCGCCCCCGGCCCCCCGCCCCCGGCCUCCCGCCAGGAGACACGGACGCGGCCCGGCAGACCGACACGCACCGAGGCGAGGCGGAGCGAGAGAGGGGGGCGGACGGAAAAAUCCCACCACCGUCCACCACCCCUCUUCUCUUCUUCUUUUGAGGGUGGACUCCGGAGGGGCCGCCCGACCGUUUGGAGAGGGGAGGUGGGGGGGGGGGGCGGGGUGUCCCGGCCUCGGUUUCCCCUUUUGGGGUUUCUCCGGCUUGGCUUCGGGAGGCCUCCCCGGUCUUGACAUUUGACCCGGACAGAACACGCUCCGUAGCGGUGGUCGACUGCCAGCGAAGCGGGCCGGGGCCGGGGGAAGUAGAGUAACUCAUUUACAAAGACAUGCACAGCCCUUUAUAAUGAUGGUUUGAUAGAUUUUUUUUUUUUUUUUUGAUUUUGAGGGGUUUUUUUUCUUUCAAUGUAUGCUUUCUUUUUUUUUUCUUGGCCCCGUUUCCUUCUCACGUGCUGUAGAUGGCUUAUUUCGCAUUCAUGCAGACUCUGUUGCAAGUCUGUUUCAUCUAGUAAACGGAAAUUUAUUGCUUAAAAUCAAACUGCAUUCUGUCUUUUAUAUUUAGGGACUCUCUCAUUUUAUUUUAUUUUUUUGCCUCCUUUAGAGUUUCCAUUUUAGUUUAGUAACAGACUGUGUCCUUUCCUGUCUAAGGCUCAUAGGGUCAGUCUUGCCUCCAGGGGCAAAUCGUGACCGAUACCAUUGUAAUGUGUUCCCAGUGCAUCACAGACGUAAUGUUGAACAGGUAAUGUAAGACGUGCUUUGAAAUGUCAGCUGUUGAGGUCUGAAACACCCGUCGUGCGUGAGUAGGGAGAAAACCAAGUUUCCCCAGACUGCAGAACUAAAAGGGGAAAGUGAGAGAGUAGUAAAGGUUUCGAGGACGCAGUGAAUCUUUUCAUGGCACCCUGGUUUCUUUCUAUAAGCUUCUUUUCAUUUGAGGUGAUAAUUCAGAAUACUUUUUGUUUCCAGAAAGCACAGCAAUAAUGUACACUCCAUUCAGAGAUGAGCUCUUUGUAGAUAUUUUAAACGUUUUGGCGAAACUGGAAUAUUUAAUUGCCUGCCUUAGUGGUGAACUUUAACACUGGCUUGAAAAACCCUAAAAUCUUCUACUUGCUUCUCUUCGGAGCAUUUGAAAGUUUCUAAAUUUCAUACCCCUCCUCCUUAGCGGCCAAAAUAAAUAUUUCCAUUGCCACAUAACUGCACCUGAUUAAACCGGAGCCCUGAAUCAUUUUUAGAGCAGUUGAUUGUCAAACUUGAAAAGAUGCUUUAUAAUGGAAGUUCUGACAAUUUUGUGAGAAUGUAAAUUUAAAUCAUGCUAGUGAUAAUCAGAUCUGUCGGUUCAGCAGCACACGAGUGAUAAUCCUCUGUUGAAGGAACCGUGUUGGAUUAUGCCUGGAUUUAAAUCUAUGAGAGGAAAUAGCUAUUAAAGGGGAGGUAGGGUAGAGAGAAUGAGCCUGCAAUCGACAUUGAAUGUAAUCCUCCAAAUUUUCUUCUCAAAAAAGGGUAGACAGUACCCUGUUAGAUCAGAGAGUUAAAAUGAUUACUUAUUUGUUGACUAAUUAUGGUAAAUAUAACUAGGUGUGACGUUUAGAGUUGAAAGCAGAAUGAAAACAUUUAAUUAAGUAUUCUUGGUGCGAACUAUAAAGUAGCAACCGGUUCUUAUUCAGCCUUAAGACUCGACUUUAGAUUUCCUUAAGGAGUUAAUCUUAAAAUAGGGAAUUUUUGAAAUGUAUCUACAAAACCAGAAAAGGAAGGGUGUGUGUGAGGGCCUGCGGGUGUGCCCGUAUGCCCGUGUAUGGGGGUGGGUGGGGGUGUGUGUGUAUGUGGUGUCUAUCUGAAGUAGAUGUGAAAUCUGGUGAAUGGGAUCUCACACUUCUUUUGUGCAGUAUUGGCUGCAGUUUGUUUUUUUUUGGAGAAAAUGAAUAAGCUUUUACCAAAGAGAUACAAAGAAUUUAAGAUACUAGAGAAAUUACUUUAAACAUCGAUUUCCCAGGAAAUAAAGGAGUUACGUUUAUGAGGCAAUGAGUAAAACAAAACUGAGUGCCAUUUUAGUGACAGGGUUUUUUGGAAUCUGACCAAAACCUUAGUAGAUACAUUUGGAUUUUUCUCUUAAAAGAACGUUCCGAAGGUUCCACUCUAACUGAAUUAUCAGAAAAAAAAAAUUGCAAUUUCUACUAUUUCUAUCUUCUGAAGUAAGUAAGCACAAGGGGUAUAAAUGCCUGAACUGGAGCAAACUUGAAACCCUCAUUGAAUUAGAAAGUUUUAGAAGUUUAUUUUAACAUUUCUCCUUCAAGACCUAACGGUUGGAUUGGGUUAGCUGCCAAUUUGUUCCCCUUCUGUCUUGAAGCAAACAAGGGGCAAAGGUGAAGAUUUUCAAUAUCCAAGUGAUUUCUUUUGAAUGAUGUAAGUGCCAGAGUGAGUGAAAAUGUAUUUUGCAUUUUUGAAGUUCUCUCAUUUUGAAAGAAGAAGAACCAAACACUGCUGGAGUUUUGUGUGCUAGGUGAUUGCAUUCUUUUGGUAAGGCCAAAUGUAAAUUUCAUUUCCAAAUUUCCUUACAGGGUAAAACAUAGUUUGUAAUUUAUGUAGUGAAACUUAACCAUAACCAUUAGUGAUUAUGGGGUUGGUAAUUAUAGCCUUCAGGAAAAAAAAGUGGCAAUCUUAAGAACUCCAGUUAUUAUGAUUUUUUUUUUCCAAAUAACUUGAAGCUUUGGUUUAAGUGCAUCAACUUCUGUAUUCAUGUGGAUUUAUAAACUGCAGUAAGUUUUGAAUGGAGUUAAUCUUGUCUGAGUCUGUAGACUGUGAUCUCUCUGACUAAAAAGUACAGUAUCGUACUUUGGAAAUUGUGUUCUUUAUCAUGGUUGUAGUGUUGGCAAAGAACUAAUAUGCAGAAAAUAAAGCAAUUACACAGUGCA